UUAAAUUUGAAAGUCGUUGUCAAGGAAUAGAGUUGGGCUAGACAGCUUAAAAAAUUUUUAAUUUUAUUUUUAAAUUUUAAAUUGAGCGAAAUGUCUGAACUUUUGAAUCAAUUGAAACGCCAGAGGGAAGAGGAUUCAACGAAUUUUUUUGAGCCAUCCAGCAAACGAUUCAAGUACAAGCAUCUGAAUGACGAGAUUAGGAGCAGCUGCAGCAUUUCGUAUCUGGAGGAGAGCGAUACUCGGGGAUCUGUAGAAUCAGGAUACUCGCCGGAACUUGGACCCAGUGAAAAUGCCUACUACCUGCAGAACCAGAUGCUUUUCAACUUGCAUGUCGAGCGGGAAAUGCGCAAAAAAUUACAAAUAAUUUCUAGGAAUAACUUAAAUGUGCAAAUCUGAUUCUAAUUGAAAUUUGUAACAAUGAACCUUUUCAAAUGGUUGACUGAUAUUUUCCCACCGUGUAAAUUUCUUUGCAGUGGCCAGAGUUGUGGCCGGCAACUGUAUCCUUAAAGCCAAGUUAAGGCAGCUUUGGCCUGGCUUUCUCGCUCCCUUCAUCCUGCUCCUCCUCCUCCUCAUCCUCCUCCUCCUCUUCCUGCUCCUCCUGCUUGCACUUGUGCUGCAGUGGCAGGCAAAUUUUCUGCUCAAAAUGCAAUGCAGGGAAUGCAAUAAAAGCGAUGCGAGAGCCACUAAAUGGAAAGUCGCAGCAGCGCCUUAACUUAAGUGCACUGCUGCACUGGAUUUGCAGGAUUUAAGAUUUAAGAUUAAAGUGGAGUAAUUACGGAGCUUACUUAAACAAAAGCUGUGUUACAAACAAUGUUUAAAUAGCAUUAAGUUAGUAUGAAAACUACAUAUUAGAAAAAUGCUUGUUAUUUUUGGAAAGUAUAAUAAACAAAGUUAUUGUUGCCCACUUGUAUAAUUCCAGUUGCAAUAUACUCCUCGAAAACUAUGAACAUGCGGCCAUAAACAGCGAAUUGAGUGCG